UCUGUGAGAGCUAUUAGGUAUUAUUAUUCCAAAUUGGCUAUUCUGGCCAGCGGCAUAGAGUUCGUAGACCACUAUCUUGUAUUAGGGCUUCCGACCGGAGAAGCCGGAACUAGAUUGUCGGAGAAAGAGAUCAAGAAGGCGUACAAGUCCAAGGCCUUGCUUCUCCAUCCCGACAAACGACCCGAUGAUGAUCCGGCGGCCGCGCGUUCAGAUUUUCAGAAACUCAAGGAAUCUUAUUUGGUUCUCAAGGAUGUCGAGGCUCGGCGCCAGUUCGACACUCUCCUGUUGAGCCGCUGCUGCCGGAGGCGGCCACGAUCGGAGAAUGUGAAGAACGAUCCCAAGCGCCAGAAGAUGAUGGCUGAUUUGCAGGUCCGAGAGCGCCGUUGUUCUGAUGAGGAACUUGUUCGGAGGGCGGAGGAGAGUACGAUUGCCGAGAAACUGAAGGGUGAGAUUGCGAAAAUUCGUGAGAUGAUGGCGGCCACUAAAAAACCUCCUUUGGAUAUGGCUAGGGUACUGAGAGUGUCUUGGGAGAAUAGCUGUAACCCUAAUUCUUAUGGUGCUUACACGGCGGAUAGGUUGCGGAUGUUGUUUGAGAAAUUUGGGGAAGUUGAGGAGGUUUUGGUCAGCAAGAAGAAGAAAAAUGGGAAUGGGGGUUGUUCAGCUCUAGUAGUGAUGGCGUACAAGGAUUCAGCUGUUGCUGCCUGUUGGAGUGUGCUCGGUGAUGUGUCAAAUCCUUUGUUGGUUCAGCCACUGGAUUCCUCCCCUCCUCCUCCUCCUCCACAACCAGAACCUGCCGAUCAUAGCAAAUUUGAAGAAUUGGUCCUUGCUAAGCUGAAACAGGCUGCUAACAGGCAAAUGAGCUGGGUGGUUGUUUGACCGCAUGAGUGUGCCAACGGAGCAAAAUUGGAGUUUGCUAUGGAAGAAAUGCUGAUGAUCUUCCCACACCAGAUAAAGCUGUACAAUUGAUUUC